GAACUACAUCUCCCACGAUGCAACAUGUCUGACGUCAGUAGCCGGAGUUCCGCGUGUCCGGAACUGUAGGUAAUAUUGGACGUUUAUAUGUAAUAUGAUGGAAAGUCGAGGAGUUUUAUCGAUUAUAUUUGACUUGGAUAACACGCUGGUCGAUACAGCUGGGGCAGGACGAAUUGCCAUUCAGAAGGUGUAUGAGCUGCUGAAGUCAACACAUGUGCAGGAAAACCACAUCACAGACAUCUGUAAUUGCUUUUUACGAAAGCUUCUUCAUGAAUCGUUUGACCCAUCAGAAGGAAAAACAAUAGAUGAUGUCAGGAUCCAUCACUGGUAUGAAGCCCUACAGGAGACACAGGGCACAGAUCCUGAUCCAGAUCUGGCCAGCAGCUGCUACUACAUGUGGAAGAACACACGUUUACAGGCGCUGACUCUGUCUCCUGAGGUUCGAUCUCUCCUGGAAGAACUGCAGAAAAAUUACAAACUGCUUCUGCUCACCAACGGCGAUACUCAGACGCAGUGGGAGAAGAUCGAAGCGGUGAGAUGUGAGGGUAUCUUUAGUGUGGUGGUAGUCGGAGGAGAUCAUCCUGAGCAGAAACCGGCGCUCUCCAUCUUCACUCACUGCUUCGAGUCUGCGGGAGUUCGGCCACAGGAUUGCAUCAUGGUGGGAGAUUCACUCAGUACAGACAUCCAGGGAGGCAUUAAUGCAGGAGUACGAGCAACCGUAUGGAUAAACAGUGACUGUAAAUCUCUCCCGCAGGGCUCUGUGACUCCAGACUACACUGUACCUAGUGUACUCAAUCUGAAUGAUGUUCUAGCUGAACUGAUGUUAAAAUGAUGUCUAGAUAUGUGGACCUAAAGAUGUACUUUUUUUUUUUAUUAUAAAGAGAAAUGUGAUGACUUAUGUCAGGUAAUUGGAGUUCACCCAAAAAUGAAGAUCAUUUAAAUGAAAUCUGAGAGAUUUCUCUCUCCUUUGAAAUUAUUCACCUAAGAGUCUGACGUUUCAAAAUGUUUAUUAAGAGAUUGUAAAAGAAAUCCAUAUGAAUCAAGCAGUUCAAUCCAAGUUCUCUGAAGAGACAUGAUCGUUUUAUAUGAUGAACAUAUUUAAUUUAAUAUAAACAUUGAUCAGUGAACAUAAACAGAAGCUCAGCUUGCUUUAACAUCAGAAUUUAGUAGCCUAUAUAUUAUGGUAAUUCCAACAUGGCACACCUUUAUCUUUAUAACCUCAUAACUGGACAAUUUAAGUUGUGAAAUAAAUUAAUCAUGGGUGAUGUAUGUCUUUAGGUAUAUGUGUUCAGCAGUGUUGGGUGUAAGUAAUUACUAAGUAAUCUACUGUAAUUUAAUUAUUUUCUUGAAAAAGUAAAGUAAUAACUUAAUUUUUUUCUGUAAUUUAAUUACAGUUACUUCUGAUGUAAUUGCAUUAAAUACUGUAUAGACUAUAGAAGAAUUCUAUUUGAAUACUUUGGUCAGUUCAAGAAUAAUGUAUGCAGUUAUAUACUGUUUAUUUAAAAGAAUCAGAAGUGCAGUUUUGUGUCUAUCCUUGUAUUGUUCAACUGGUCAAGGUCGAUAUGUAAUUAGUAAUAAGUAAUCUAAUGACACUGUUGACGAUGUAAUUAAUAGCUACUAAUUAAUUCCUUUUUAGAGUAACUUCCUUAACACUGGCGGUAAUCAUGCGAGCAGAUGGAGAAAACACUGGCUAUUCCACCAAUGCUCAGUUUGUGCAGUAAAGCUUGCGUGGGCUCAACAUCAUGAUUGUUGAAUGGAGUAUUAAAUUAUAUAACACGACAAGAA